AUGACCUCCUAUAUCGACAAGUUGUCUCCAUUCACAACCUGUGAUGUUGCUGAUGGUUUACUUAACUGCUAUAAUAUCGAAGAUGGGGGAUACUUUGCCAAUUUGACUCAAUGGUCCGGCAAAUCGAAGGGAUCUGUGGUCGGAAGGGCUUAUACAGUGUUAUUUGCUCCCGCAAGUGACCCGAGGCCAGCAAUAAACUACAUUGAUGGAGUACCAGAGGGCAGUUUUCUGGUGAUUGCCAUGACAAAGUCCCUGCAAUGCGAAUUUGCUCCAUACGUCAAGAUAACACAGGCCUGUUAUGGUGGAUUAAUGUCUACCAGAGCGCAGUAUCAGGGAGUGGUUGGCUCAGUAAUUUUUGGCCGGAUCAGAGACGUUGAUGAGCACAGAAACCUCGAACAUCCUGUUUUCAGCUAUGGUCUGGGUGCGUGUGCUCCAAAGGCAGCAGUUAAAGCAGUCGCUAUCGAAGUCCCUUUAGAGAUCCUUCAUCCUGAUGGUAGUACAAAAACUAUCGACUCAGGUGACUAUGUUAUUGGCGAUGAGCACGGUAUAGUUGGAGUGCCAAUCUCCAAAGUCAAUUUGGGAUUUUUGAUCGAGUAUAUAGAACGUUCCAUUGAGGCUGAUGAACUUGUAUCUCAAGACAUUAAAUCGGGCGUUCCAGCUAAACAGUCCCAACAAACUCGCAGAGAAAUCUUAAAGCGCGUUUUGGAGUCGGCCCCAGAUAUCUCUUAA